CGGACCUCUAGGUCGGAACCCGGAAGUGCCGGACGGCCGGGCGGCGGGGGUCGUGGGUCGGAGGUCGCGGGUCGUGGGGCGGCAUGGCGGCGCUGCGGCGGAACGUGUUUGUUGAAAAAGUACUGAAGAGACUUUAUGCGAAGUCUUCCUGUGGGCAGGGCAAGAAGGCCCUAAAGACUCCUGCCUCUGUGGAGCCUCCAGAGAAAGCCGCACCUGAGACCGUGGACUGCCAGAGUGUCCCCCCUCAAGCAGACGAGGGUGCUGCAGGUGAGAGAGUGACAGAUCCAGGUCUUCUCGCACUUGGAGGAUCUCUGGAUUGCAGGCAGCCAGGUGGCAGCACCGCAGCCCUGGCUCCUGGAAGGCGCCUGUACACAGUGAGCCUGCCCCCUGAUGGCCUCCUCCCGGUGUGGCCGGAGCUGCCCUGUGACGCGGGCUCCCCGAGCUCCUCCAGCAGUGAGGCCGAGGCCGAAGCUGAAGCCGCAGCAGAUCAGGAGCUUCAUGAUCAACCAAAGAGAAGAAGAAUUAGAAAGCGUAAGUCAAAGAAAACACAAGAAAACCUCAGUGACAUUCCUGCAGAAAAAGCUGAAUUGGAGAAGCAGCGAGGUCUUUCUUGGAAAACACUGCAGCCAUGCCACACAGAGGGUCCCACCCUGAGCAGAAACAAGAAAAGGAAACUGAAAAAGAAACAGCAAAUUAAAAGGAAGAAAGCUGCAGGCUUACUCAGAAAGACUUGUGCUAUGAACUUCCUGUACCAGCCUGAAGAGGGAAGCAGUGAGCCGGGGAAUGAGGAUGAAGAGGCUAAGCCAGACCUGCCGCCGGAAGUGGGCCCCAAGGCCCAGGAGCCCGGGGUGGACCUGGAGCCAGAAGUAGGCACUGAAGCCCCUGAGGAAGGAGUCAGCAGGACUGAUAAAAAGGUAGACGACAUCCUAACAUUCUUGAAGUCAACACAAGAACUUUACUUUUAUGAUGGUGCAACCGGGGAUCCGGAGUUGUCUGUUUCAAUGGAAUCAGCUGAGCAACUUCUCACGCACCUUGAAACCCACGGCCUGCCCUGCUCGGACGUCCUCAUUCUGGAUCACAUGAAAACACUGUUAUUUUUGGAAGACACUCCAAGAUUAAAGCAUGCCCUGGAAGUGUUCCCAGAGCACUGCCUAAUGCCUCCAGAUCAUGCCAGAGUCAUCUCAGCUUUCUUUUCUUACUGGAUUACACAUAUCCUUCCUGAAAAACAAACAAGCAGUGAAUAACAGCAGAACAUCUACUGAAGAAGAGCUAAUAUCUGACAAGAGAAACAGAGAACACAGACAUGAGGGCUGCAGUUUCUGCUGCAUUUGACUCUUAGUGGCUGGCAGCUCCAAGUGGCCCCAAGCUGUAGUUCCUCCCUCACUUGGCCUGAGGCCGCAUGUAAAAGGCUGGAGAUUUUGCAGCGAGCAGUGAGAGGCCCUUUCCUUCCCCUUCCAUUAUUUUUUGU